AUGCCUCAACUCUCCAAGGCGGCUGUCCGCGCCCUCGCGGCUGCUGCUAACGCGGCUUCUCUCACCGAUCUCUGCACCGUCGAGAACGUCCAGAACGCCCUCCCCGCGAAUGGCACUCUUCUCGGAGUCGACCUUCUUCCUUCCACCGUCACUGCGGCCGCGGUCUACAACGCCACCACCGGCGGCGGCGGCAUGGGUGGAGCUUCCUCCGGCAGCUCGGCCACUUACAGCUACUGCAACGUGACGGUCCACUACACCCACACCGGCCACGGCGACAAGGUUGUCCUCAAGUACGCCUUCCCCAGCCCCGACGACUUCAAGAACCGUUUCUACGUUGCCGGAGGAGGUGGCUACUCCCUCUCCAGCGACGCCACCGGCGGUCUGGCCUACGGCGCCGCUUCCGGUGCCACCGACGCCGGCUACGACGCCUUCAACAACGACUACAUGUCCCAGGUCCUCUACGGCAACGGUUCCAUCAACUGGGAUGCGACCCACAUGUUCGGCUACCAGGCCCUGGGCGAGAUGACCCAGGUCGGCAAGGCCGUUUCCAAGAGCUUGUACAGCUUGGCCGAUGACCAGAAGGUCUACACUUACUACGAGGGCUGCUCCGACGGUGGUCGUGAGGGUAUGUCUCAGGUCCAGCGCUGGGGUGAGGAGUACGACGGUGUCAUUGCCGGUGCCCCUGCUUUCCGCUUUGCCCACCAGCAGGUCCUUCACGUCUACUCUUCUGCUGUUGAGCAUGUUCAGGACUACCUGCCCCCUCCCUGCGAGUUGGCCAAGAUCGUCAACUCCACCAUCGCUGCCUGCGAUUCUCUUGACGGAAGAACCGAUGGCGUUAUCUCCCGUACCGACCUCUGCAAGCUCAACUUCGACCUGAAGUCCGUCAUCGGCGAGUCCUACUACUGCGCCGAGAAGAACAGCACCUCUCUCGGCUUCGGCUUCAACAAGAGAGGUCUCAACAAGAGACAGGCCGCCGGCAGCACCACCAGCUACCAGCCCGCCCAGAACGGCUCCGUCUCCGCUGAGGGUGUCGCCGUCGCCCAGGCCAUCUACGACGGUAUCUUCAACUCCGCAGGCGAGCGCGCCUACCUCUCCUGGCAGAUCGGUUCCGAGCUGGGUGACGCUGCCACUGUCUACAACUCUGACACCGGCGCCUGGGAGCUCUCCAUCCCUUCCACCGGCGGCGAGUACGUCACCCGCUUCAUCCAGCUCCUCGAGCUCGACAACCUCUCCGACAUGAACAACGUCACCUACGACACCCUCGUCGACUGGAUCAACACCGGCUUCCUCCGCUACUACGACACCCUCCAGACCACCUACCCCGACCUGAGCACCUUCCAGUCCUCCGGUGGCAAGCUUCUCCACUACCACGGCGAGUCCGACUCCUCUAUCCCCGCCGCCUCCUCCGUCCACUACUGGCAGUCCGUCCGCUCCAUCAUGUACCCCAACGCGACCGACGAGGCCGCUCAGCAGGCUCUCCAGGACUGGUACCAGUUCUACCUCGUCCCCGGCGCCGGCCACUGCGGCACCAACAGCCUCCAGCCCGGCCCCUACCCCCAGAACAACAUGAACAUCAUGAUCGACUGGGUCGAGAACGGCAACAAGCCCGACCGCCUCAACGCCACCGUCACCUCUUCCACCAAUGUCAACGCCGGCGAGACCCAGAUGCUCUGCCAGUGGCCCUCGCGCCCUCUCUGGAAGGGCAACAGCUCCGACUUUGACUGCGUCAACGACGCCAAGUCCAUCGACAGCUGGACCUACACCUUCCCCGCCUUCAAGGUCCCCGUCUACUAA